CCGCUAGAGUGUACUUAAGUCGAACUUGCAUUAUAUAUCUUAGUCUAUUGAUACUAGCUCUACAUAUGAACUUUUGUAAUUACUGACCAAAAAACGAAUUAAUUAUUAAAAUGUUUAAUUUUGGUUCCAUGAAACAACUGAAACGAUUUGCUACAAUUACAAUUCUACGCGAACUACCAGAUUUUCAGUCUAAUACAUUCUAAAUACAGUAUGAAUAUAACACAACAUACAAUGAAGUUUAUUUGAAAAUAUUAAUUUUAGACUUAAAUGUACAGUAUUUAUUAAUAUCAACAUCGUCACUAGUCAUUUACCAAUGAUAACAUUCAUACCUCAAACUUGAUAUUGACACACUUCAAUAUUCUAAUCAAAAUUCAAACAGUAAGUUCGUCAUUAUACAUAUACCAUAAAAUAUGGAUGUAAAACUAAUGAGAAUUUCAUCAAUUGAAAAAAUUAUGACUAAAUUGAGCUUGCUACUUCGAUGCAUAACUUUAAUAACAAUGGCUCAUGGUUCCAGUGAAUUAUCUGAAUUUGAUAAUGUUAUUCAAACGCCAUCCAGUUUAAUAUCGCCUGGACCAUCUCAUAUUACAUUAGCAUCAAACAUUCAAACUAAUCCUAUUAUUGAUCAUUUUGAUCAAUACAAUGUAAAAGUAAGCAAAUCUUUCAUAAAUAAUGAACGCUGUGAGGAAAUAACGAUUCCAAUGUGUAGAGGCAUAGGAUAUAACUUUACAGCAAUGCCUAAUGAAUUGAAUCACGAUUCACAAGAAGAAGCAGGGCUUGAAGUUCAUCAAUUUUGGCCGUUAGUUGAAAUAAGAUGUUCUGCUGAUUUAAAAUUUUUUUUGUGCUCAAUGUAUACUCCUAUUUGCUUACCAGAAUAUACAAAACCUUUGCCAGUUUGUAGAAGCGUUUGUGAAAGAGCGCGUACAGGUUGUGCUCCUUUAAUGCAACAAUACGGGUUUGCCUGGCCUGAACGAAUGACUUGUGAAAAACUUCCUAGUCAUGGUGAUCCAGAUAAUUUGUGUAUGGAGCAAAAUAACCAUACAUCAUUUGCAUCAACAGAAGUUUUUAUGCCUAGUCUAACACCUGCAAUAGUUUCAAAACCUACAAAAUCAACAAAAAAUGUGUCAUCGUCAAAAUGUAAACCUGGAAAAAACCAAAAAUGUCAUGAGUCGUCAAGAGAUGUUUCAAAAAACUGUUCAUGUCAAUGUCGUCCACCGCUUAUAUCCGUCUCUUCUCUAAAAAUCAACAACAGUAUAAAAACUGCUGAAUUCUUCCAUAAAUCUUUAGGUGUUUAUGAACAAUACAUAAAUGUUCAAGGUCUUUCACACUGUGCUUUACCUUGUCAGGAAGCACUUUUAACUUCUGAAGAAAGAAAUUUUGCCACUAUAUGGUUACUUUUAUGGAGCGGAUUCUGCGCUAUUAGCACUUUAGCUACUAUCAUAACAUUUUUAAUCGAUCCUCAACGUUUUAAAUAUCCUGAAAAACCGAUUGUAUUUUUGUCGGCCUGUUAUUUUUUCGUUUCACUUGGUUAUCUAUCGAGAUUGAUAUUUUCAUACGAAAAAAUUGUCUGCAACGGAUCAAUGCUAAAAAAAGGUAUUGAAGGUCCAGAACUUUGUGUUACAGUAUUUUUACUCAUUUACUUUUUUGGGAUGGCCUCUUCUGUUUGGUGGGUGAUUUUAUCAUUAACUUGGUUUCUCGCAGCAGGUUUGAAAUGGGGUAAUGAAGCUAUUUCAUCAUAUUCCCAAUUUUUUCAUUUAACGGCUUGGAUUGUUCCCACAAUUCAAACGGUUUGGGUUCUGAUAAAAAACGGUGUUGCUGGUGAUUCUAUCGCUGGAGUGUGCACAGUCGCUCCAGAUCAUAUACAAUCAUUUAUUUUGGCCCCAUUAUUACUAUAUCUUGUUGUAGGAACAUCUUUCCUUUUUACAGGAUUUGUAAGUCUUUUUAGAAUCCGCUCAGUUAUAAAACGUCAACCUGGUGUCAAAGCUGAUAAAUUAGAAAAAUUGAUGAUUCGGAUUGGAAUUUUUUCAGUAUUAUAUACAGUUCCAGCUAGUGCUGUUCUUGCGUGCCAUUUUUAUGAAAUAACUUUUAGAAACGAUUGGCUGCAAUCAUUGGCUUGUCCAUGUGCUUCACGGAAUAAACCAAUAUAUUCUGUUUUAAUGUUGAAGUAUUUUAUGGCGUUAGCCGUAGGUAUCACUUCUGGAGUAUGGAUAUGGAGUGGUAAAACUCUUGACUCAUGGCAACAGUUAUGGCGGAAUUUAUUUAAUAAAAAAUCAGAAAUGAUACCAAGCAAUACUGGAAUUAUCAAUACAUGCACUAUAGAAAAUUAUGCAUCUAAAUCAUUGAAAAGUCGUUCAUUACAACACACCUCGGUUUUGGAAGUAGAAAAUUCUCUUUUGCAUCAAAAUGCCAUGACAAAUUCAUCUCAUCAUGUUCAUCAUCAAGUAUUAAAGCAGCUUCCGCUAUCUCAUGUAUGACAAAACCAAACAGUGGAGGGUAUUUCUAAUAAUAUAUCCUGUAAUCUUUAUGAAAAACCUUCCGCUUUAAGUAACUAUGGACCGAUCUAAAAACUACAAUUAUAUUGUCUGAAUACAUAUUUUUAGUCAUUGUAAUACGUAAUUUAUUAUAAAUAAAUAUUAAAAUACUUUUUCAAUUUUAAUUA